AUGGAAAUGCCACAUCUGCAUCGUCCAAUCCCUCGUAGGACCUUCGAGAUCACACCUGCCUCGACCGACUCCUCCCACCCUCCUUCACCUGCCCCUGAACCCAACAACCCAGAAUUUCUUAACAGCCCAAGGCUGGACAUGACCCCAAGUAGCCGUACACGGUCAAUUCUCAACUUGACAUCGUCAACCUUGUUCGGGAUCUACUCACCUGUAUCAGAUGGGGAACGGGAAGAGCUGUCUACACCUUGGGGAACAGGAGCACAAACACCAAGUCAUAGACGAAGCAUUGACGAUUACCAACCACAACAACCGAACCUUAGUUGGGAUGAGAAUGCCGUCACGACGACCAGAACAAAACCUCCCCGCCGGGGAUUCCGAGGCUAUGUAAUCCCACUGGGCAUACAAACGAGCUUGCUAUUUAGUUUUGGGGUCGGGUACGGUUCCAUUGUGACGCACUUGCAUCAGACCAGACGAAUCACGCCUCUUCCUCUGCCGGAUGUCGAACACAGAUCGCUUUAUUACAACCUCUGUUGGGGUCUUCUCGGCGUACUGUUGGGUAAUGCCCUGCCUGCGGUUGACUCCCUUUGGGAGAAGUCUAUCUCCACAACCAUCUCUAUGGAUCAAGCUCCCCAGAAAUCAGGACGACCAGCCGGGACAUCCAGUAAGACGGAGCGAGAAAGCCCUGCAACUUCAAACCUCGACAGCGGGACCGGCCCUAUAUGGUACUCCGCGGUCCGAAGCGUGGGCGCUUUCGUGGGGAUUGCAUUUGCACUGCGACGAAUACCAUGGCAAUCAACUUUGCAAGUGGCCUUGACACUAGCACUUGCCAACCCCGUGCUUUGGUAUGUUAUCGACCGCUCCUUACCUGGCUUUGCAUUUUCGGCAUUGGUGGGCACAAUUGGUACGACAUUUCUUCUGGUGGUGGACCCCAACUUUGUGCCAGUGCCGGCAAUUCAUCAGUCGAUGGCAUCGGAACAAUUUGGGGUUUACACAUGGUUGGCGAGCAUUUUAUUCUGCACCAGCAUCUGUUUUGGAGCCAUCGGAAGGAGGCUCCAAUUGUAA